UUACAGCCUUUCCAAAGGUUUGUACAGACUGGCCGUAUUGCCAAAUGCUCAGCGGGCUCCUUGAAGGGUCGUCUGGUGGCCAUUGUUGAUGUUAUUGACCAAACACGGGUACUUGUUGAUGGGCCACUGACUGGAGUUCCACGCCAGGCAUACAGAUUGAAUAAUCUGCAUUUGACCAAAUACCGCAUUAAAUUCCCCUUCACUGCUCCCACACGUAUUGUGCGCAAGGCCUGGAAGGACAGCGACUUAAAAGCCCAAUGGAAGGCUAGCCCAUGGUCAGCCAAAUCACAGAACAUUUGCAAGCGUUCACAUUUGAAUGAUUUCGAUCGCUUCAAGCUGCGCUAUGCCAAGCGUCAACGUAACAAGUUGCUUACUAUUGCUUUCAACACAUUGAAAAAGCGUACCAAGUCUGACGGUACAGAGCGCAAAUUGAAGAAGGACAAACGCGAACGCAUUCGCGAAUUGAAAGCACAAGGCGUGAAAAAGGGUGCCCCCAAGAAAUAAACGCAGUUUCUUUUUGCUUGCUUUUUAAAGGAAAAUAAACUUAUUUUUUAGGAAUAAAGGAUUCUUUGUCUUA